UUCUAUGUAGUGGUGUUGUGGGUAGGGAUGUUGCUUCGCACCGUUCGUUUCGAGCUCAGAGGCCGUUUCUUCGCUGGGCAUCGAUUCAGUUGUAGCCUCAUUCGUCGAUCCAGUCGGUUGUGUUUUGAAAGUUGCUCCUGCAAUUGUUGGUGUGAAUUCCAAAAAGAUCUCCGUUUCUUUGUUAACUGUAACAACACAAACCAAAUUUCAAAAUGGCCGAGAAACCAAAGCGUCCUCUAUCCGCCUACAUGCUGUGGCUCAACUCUGCCCGCGAACAGAUCAAGAAGGAGAACCCCGGAAUUAAGGUGACGGAGAUCGCCAAGCGAGGUGGUGAGCUAUGGAGAGCCAUGAAGGACAAGAGCGAAUGGGAGAACAAGGCCGCCAAGAUGAAGGACGAGUACAACAAAGCCGUCCAGGAAUUCGAGCGAAAUGGCGGUGGCAAGGACGCCGGCAAGGGCAAGAAGAGCAAGGGUGCCAAGAAGGUCGUGAAGAAGAGCAAAAAGAAGGACUCCGAAGAUGACGAUGAUGAGUCCGGAGAGGAAAGCGACUGAACUACUAAUUAGAGCAAACACCCCCACAACACAGUAAACAAAAAUACAAAAAAAAUAUUAUUUUUAAUUUAUUGUAUAAAUGUUCGGGGCCUUACUUCUCAUGAGCAGUAUAAAAAACACAAAAAAAACCGGUCAGUGACAGGAUUUUAGAUCAGAACGAAAUUCAAAACUUGUAAACCUAGAGAGGCACGCGGAAACGACGAAAAAACAUUUGGACCUGAGCUCGCGGAAUCAGCUAAAUUCAAAACCCAAGUAGGCGAAUGAAUGGCGGGACGCGCUGUGUGAAGUGACAGUUUGAUAUCUUUUUUCGUCUGACUACACUCUGUAAUGUAAAACUGACAAACCACACAUGCAAAAUUACAAACCUGACGUAUUUUCUCUUACCACACACCGGAACAAUUUCAUUUUACCUAUUUCACACACAUACAUAUGUGCAUCCAACUUAUUUUUUUUUAAGGAAGGCCAUGUAAUACUAAAUGCAACAGUAACGUAAAAAUAUAAAACAAAAAAAAAAAACCCGAAAAAAAUCUACAAAAGAGCAUACCUAAUUUUAAGUUAAUUAAAAUAUGUAUGGAGAAAACGACAAAAAAAACUGUAUUCUUAGGUCAAGAAAAACAAAAACAAGAAAAAGUAAGACAUUGUAGUAGGUGUACUCUCUCAGUUCAAAAAAGAAGCGUAAAUAUUAUUACUUAGACAAACUUAAACCCGAGUGUGUGAGGGGCGCGCCCGGAGGAAAGUGUGUGUUAUCCCUAUUAGAGAGAGAGAGAGUAGCAAAAGUACCCCCAGUAAUAAGUGUUUAUUUUUGUUCACCUCCUCCGGGGUCCGUCCGCACUCGAUCUCUGCUGUGUAAUAGGAUUUUUUUCUUUCUCCUGUGUAAUUUGCGUACCUACCGUGUAAGAACAACAGCAAACAAACAAAACAAUGGAAACCGUUUUCUCAUUUUUGUUUUCUCUCUCAAUCGUGUCGAUUGAUUGGAAUGUGGAAAGAUCGUAUCUUGAAUUUGAAUAAAAUACAAAAAAAAAA